CCUUGCGCUAACUCACUCUUCAGUCAGUCGAAACUAUCGCCGACGCAGCUCGAUGAGUUGCAACGAGCCACACAUUUCGAUAAGAAGGAGCUACAGCAAUGGUACAAAGUGCACCAUCUAGGAUUCCUCAAGGAUUGCCCAUCAGGCACCUUGACUAAGGAAGAGUUCCAGAAAAUCUAUCGACAAUUCUUUCCCUUCGGCGACCCGUCAUCCUUCGCAAAUUACGUAUUCCGUGUGUUCGACUCAGACAACAGUGGCAUGAUUGAUUUCAAAGAAUUCAUCUGCGCUCUUUCAGUGACCUCACGAGGCAAGAUGGAGGAUAAGUUGGACUGGGCUUUCCAGUUGUAUGAUAUUGAUGGCGAUGGGAAGAUCACCUACGACGAAAUGCUGGCCAUUGUCGAGGCGAUUUACAAGAUGGUGGGAUCUAUGGUGAAACUCCCCGAGGACGAAGAUACCCCAGAGAAGCGUGUACGGAAGAUCUUCCGGAUGAUGGACAAGGAUGAGAACGGGAGCCUCGAUAUCGAAGAAUUCAAAGAAGGCAGCAAACGGGAUGAGACGAUCGUUAGUGCCUUGUCGCUUUACGACGGAUUGGUUUAG